AUGUCAGCGGUACCUUUCACGGUCAAGGCAGUGUUCGAAUACACCUCAGAACAUGAAGAUGACCUGAAUUUUUCAAUUGGGCAGAUCAUUACUGUGACCGAGGAGGAGGAUGCUGACUGGUACUAUGGCAACUAUACCAAUCAUGCGGGCGCCAAACAAGAAGGCAUUUUCCCAAGGAAUUUCGUCGAAAAGUACGAACCUCCGGCACCCCCACGGCCUACGAGACCUGCCAGAACCCGGAAGGAGUCUGAAACCGCCUCUCAAUCUCCACCUCUAGCCUCCGAGUCAGCGGUGCCUGACAUCCCGCAAGAGGACAGUCAGAAGAGGAGUAUCGAUCUGGGUUCUACUGGAGAGGCCGAGAAGAAAACUGCCCCUAGUUCAGUGCCAUAUGAGGCCCCAAAGAGCUCUGCCCCUGUUCCGGCUUCCUCGUCUCCUCCAAUGAGCCCGCCCUCUCAGAAGGCUGCACCGCCUCCGCCAUCAGCGCCAGUUGAAGCACCAGCUAAGAAAGCCCCGCCACCAGCUGUUGCAGAGAAGCCGACUGCAGGCUCGUUUAGAGACAGGAUUGCUGCUUUCAACAAGGCAUCUGCGGCUCCAAUAACUCCAUUCAAUCAUGCCACUCAUACAUCAAGUUCAUUCGUGAAGAAGCCAUUCGUUGCACCACCGCCCAGUAAAAACGCUUAUGUUCCGCCACCAAUUGAACAUCCUCAAACAUAUAGGCGCGAGGAGCCCCAAGAAACUUCGCUGCCAAUUCGGUCUGAAGCCCCGGAAGGAACGGAAGGUACAGAAGAUGAACAGCCUAAGCCAACAAGCCUGAAAGAAAGAAUUGCUCUGUUGCAGAAGCAGCAGUUAGAGCAAGCUUCUCGGCACGCUGAAGCGGCCCAGAAGAAAGAAAAGCCGAAAAAGCCAGCGAAGAAGAAAGUCGAGUCACAAGAGCCGGUUGAACCAUCCGAGUCAAUGAUGGGAGUAGAGCUACAAAGGACUGAGACCUCGGAAACUGCAAAGGAAUCGUCAGCUGCAAGCGGUGACCCAGCUGAAGAAGGCACUCAGCCUAAGCAUCGAACUCCUGUCUUACCGCCCGCCAGAGAACUUACAAGUGACACUAAUGAUGCUGAUAACUCUGCGGCUGGAGAUACCGAAGAAGCAAGUGAAACUUCAACAAGCAAAGAAGACGUGGAGGACAAGUCACCUGAAUCCAGACCCCUGAAGCCAACCCACGGCGAUGCUCCCGGUGCCAAUGGCUCUGAGGAAGAAGAGAGCGAGGAGCAAGAGGAGGACGAGAUAGAUCCUGAAAUCAGACGGCGGAUGGAAAUUCGUGAUCGAAUGGCCAAAAUUAGUGGAGGAAUGGGCAUGAUGGGCAUGUUUGGUGCUCCAGCUGGCCUACCAGGAAUGCCUACGGGCAGCUAUAAAAAGCCAAAAGCUCCAUCAGCGGAUGUAGGGACAACCGAGCAGCAACCGGAAGCUUAUGCUCCUCCUGUCCAGCUUAUGGCUCUUCCAGGAAUGCAUGUUAGAAAACCCGAAGAGAAGCCAAAAAGUCCGCCAGCAGUUCCGGAAGAGCCUAGUGAGGCAUCGAUCCCUCCGCCACAGCCCUUACCUUUGAAUUCAGAAGAUGCUCCAGAGACUACCAGUGAGGAGCCUAUCACACCUCACGCUCGGCCUGUCCCACCACCACCACCUCAUAGUAUAUUGACAUCUCCCUCUCUCGGAACUAAAUCUAAUGAUGAAGUUCUAUCUCCAGCCCGGACCGAAAAGGGGGAUGAUGAAUCCUACUUUGCAGGGCAUGAGGCUUCAGGGAGCGCACGCCAAUCCAUGGAUCAAGUUAGGAUAUCAUCACCUGUGUCGUCUCCCGUGACAGGGCCAGGAAAACGACAAAGCCAUCCCCCUCCACCACUGCCAUCAGCUCCCCCAGUACCUCCAUCAGCUCAGACCCGUCCUCCACCUCCUCCCCCUCCAGCAACUGAGCCUAGCCCCGACAACACAGGUGAUAGCAGGAUGAGCUCCCAGACACCAACUCGUCCUCUAGGUAGUGAGAGUGAGGAGGAGAUAACUGAGUAUGAAGGAGACUAUGAUACAGAUAUAGCAUCAGGUGCCAAACACAAAGAUGCCUUGAAGGCCCAUGUCCGAGAUUCUAGUAUAGAUGAAGGGACAUUAGCCGACUCUUUCAGCCCGCACUCGCCCAGGAGUCCGGUAGAAACACGGCCACCCAUCCCACAAACCUCUUUCCAAAGUACUGCCCCUCGCUCAGCACCACCUCCCCCUCCCCCUGGCCAAUCACCAAAGGCUGCCCGACAAUCAGUCGAUAUGCUGAGAGCUCCACCACCUCCAAUUCCGCAAACUAUGUAUACCCAAGAGGAUGAAACCCAUGAACGAGCCCGAGAGGAAGCCUUUGAUCAGUAUGCAGCACCUGCUGUUCCUGCUCAUCGGGAUCGAGGCGAGUCCCAGGUUAAGGAUAUUCCGGACGAGACAUCAUACGAGGCACCCCAACACAACAUGUCUUCUCAAGCCCCACGCCCAUCCCGGGGCUCGUCUGAUCUCCUAAGAGGCCAGACCGGAACCCGCAGAUCUAUGGACGUUUCCAGACCAUCAAUGGAUCAGGGUUACAUGGCAAAUGAUGUAGACCUUGCCUCCAUGUCUCUCUGGUGGACACAACCAAACACACCUCCUCCAGUAUUCCAAGGUCGACGAGACAUCCUCAUCGAAAUUGAGGAAUCCUCCGCAAACAAGCGAGGAGGCAAAGUUACCACAUCAAAGGACGUCUACAUCCUCUUCAUGGACUAUUCUCAAACAAUCAUAUCCGCACAAUUCGAUUCCAAGAACCCAAUCGAUGUAGCGUUAGAACAGCGCCACGAACCACCACCACCCCGACUACGUCAAGACCAACUGGAGGACGCCCAUACUCAAUUUGGCGCUCGCAUCUCUGAAUCGGUUGCUUCAAAACAAAACACCACAGUGGGUGACGGUACGCCCCAUGCUCUUAUCCAGACACUCCUUGCCCCUCUGAAGGAUGCCCUCCUGCCAGUUGGUGUCCGCAGCUACGGCGCUCUGGUAUACGCCAACCUAGCCAAUGCCUCAGUCCAACAAUUUGACGAAAUUCGCCCUGGAGAUAUCAUUACCUUCCGUAACUGUCGUUUCCAAGGCCACCGUGGCACAAUGCAUCAGAAAUAUUCCUCUGAAGUAGGCAAGCCAGACCACGCCGGAGUCGUAUCUGAUUGGGACGGUACGAAGAAAAAGGUACGGGUCUGGGAGCAAGGUAGGGAAAGCAAGAAGACGAAAGUUGAGAGUCAUAAGUUGGGGGACCUGAAGAGUGGUGAAUGUCGUGUUUGGAGAGUCAUGUCCCGUACUUGGGUUGGAUGGGACGGAGAGCAUAAAGCCUGA